GCGUUCAGAGCUUUUUGUAGGGCACGACUUGGCAUCAUGAUAUCCACGUCACGAGAUUAUCUUAUCAUGGAGUCUUUGCUGACCUUGUUCGCUCGCUUGCUUUCAACCGGACGUGUUGUGGACGGUGGAUCAACGAGAACGCAAUUCGUGCAAGAAACGCUAGGCUCGUCAGAGCUCUUCAAGUGCAGCGAGGAGCUUGUCCGCAUCUUGCAUGAGGCGUCCACGUCAGACUGGAACACCAUUGCGACCCAGCUUAUUACCGCUUUAGCGAAAAGUGACAUCACAUAUCCGCAGCCCUUUUCCGUGAAAGAAAUAAAUGCCUGCGGUCACGUGUUUCCUCAACCAGAUGCUUCCGAUAGGUUAUUGUUGGACCGACAGGGGUUCCUUGCCAAUGUAAUACUACCGAUGGACGAUGUAUGCGAUAGUCUCAUGGUUCCUUACGGUCACAUUCAAACGGUGAACGUUGACACCCCAGCGACCGCAGUAAAUGCAGUAGUAGUUGUGGUCGGUUUGUCAAGCGCACCAAAAAUUGGAAAUACCGCGUUGAAGGUUGACAACGGAGAGUUUUGUUUGACUUUUUCAUUAGGAAGGGAAGAUUUGAGCAGGUUCAUGGAGACCUUGAGGCGACGUGGCAUAGGGAAAUUAACUUUCAAUAACCCGGCGCCGAGAGCAAGGAAGCCCAAGAAGAGCAUCUCGCUUGCUUCUGAGGUCAAGUUCGCAAGCGACAGUUCGUUACCACCACCUACCGCAGAUUUUCAGGAGAAAGUCAAACGCGUUGAGGAAGUUUACAAAACUGCCUUCGACGAUCUUUCUUCGGAACCGGCAGCAGUCUCAUUUACUCCAUCCGAUCCUACUUGCAACCAAUUUCAGAAUGACGCGAACUUUUCUCGCCGUGUAACCAUGAAGUUGUUUGCGACUGGAGAUGUAGGACAGCCAGAUAGGGUUAAGCAAGACAGGGGAAAUUCGAUCCCUAAAAAGUCGUCCGCUCCCCGCGAAGACAGUGGAGAUCAAGUGCCUCAAGAAGACUCAUACUCUCCGACUACUUCGAGGAGCCGUUGUUUCAAAGAAGGCUGUCGAAGCGAUGAGGGGAAUUGUAAAGCACCGGUGUUUUCCAAUCCAGCAAGCGGGGAAACUAGUCGUAUCCGACCGCACAAACGGGUACAUUCUCCGGGGAACGACAUCGUGGCCACCAACAUGUCAUACGGCGGAAAGAACUCAGUGGCCACGAAAGCGGGUGAUAAUGAUACUGGUGAAGUUCAGGUUAUCACCACCUCACUAAACGAACAGUUGUCAGAGAUCACUCCUCAACCAGGCACCGACCUUGGCUCUGAAGUAUUCGAGGCGAACAUAGGUGGUGAAGCGCAUCAUGCUCCUAUUAGUCCGAUCGCCCCCUAUGGUCCGGUCACAACAGGACAAGAUGGGCAAGUAAUCGGGGCUUCACAGCCGGAACACUUGGUGUAUAUUAAGCAAUCGAUGACCCCUCCAAGGAACCGGCCCCCUAAGCAGUCGCUGAAUAGCGCACUCGCAAUGACGAGACUCAACAAACGCAAGAUACAAGAGAUGACACAGCAUGAUAGCACCACCGACGCAUGCAAACUCGACGAAGAACAUGGCCCCUAUCGCAAGUCCCAGAAGCGGGUUGGUCGCGUUCCUCCAAAUAGUCGCCGCACUACUGAAUCACGAUCGAUAUUCCCCGGACUAUGCGAGGUCUGCACCGAAACCAAAUCUAGUUGCGAUUUCGAGCCCGAAGGAAGAAGCUACCGGAAGUUGCCACCAUCAACGACACGCCUUCUACUUUUGUCACUGUGUGCAUUACUGCCACAGCUACUGACGAUUCGACCAUUGCACCUCAUGCGCAAUGCAUUAGGAGCCGACCUUUCCCCAAAGUGUAUGAUUCCGGAUGAGCAAGUCUCCGUCCGUGCCCCCGUUUUCAACGAUGCGGAGACGAAUAGGAGGGAGAGACCAAGCCAUGACAACCUUGAGGAACUUCGCAACCAGCGGUAUUCUGUCUUCGACAGUCCUCCACCGGACACCCUAGGCAAGCCCUCUGAAUCGAUAUUUGUUCCUGCCCUUACGCCACGACUGUCCGAUCCUGAGCGCUUUUACGUUGAAGAGGAAACCGCGCUGGCCAGGAAAACUGCCUCCAGCCCUGACAGUUUCGCAUACAGCGCCAGGGACGACGUUGCGGGUAUCGAAUUAGCAUGCUUGACCCAACUAAAGUCAGACGAAGACGUCGGCAAGAACAAGAAUCUAGGCUCCCUGCGGUCAAAAGGACGUGAAUCGACUCACAACUCCGUUACAGAGACGGUGGAGCUGCCAACUUUCAUAACUCCCUUAUCGCACAAGCGCCACACUGUUACGUUCGCUUCCCCUAUAGAGAGCCUGAUGCUUCCGGAUGUCCGCGUAAGAGCAACCACGAAGUCGGACAGAAGCUUGCAGAGGCCAGUCGAACCUUUCGGGAAACGGCGACCUUGGCGUCAGGAAGGUGGGGAGCGAAAGAACGAUAGGAUUGUGUGGGGCGAGCGACUCAAGACUUCCUAUACUUCAAAAGAUGAUGCCCCUUUGCCGAUGCCCGUACCGAGUAAGGACCGCAAGCCUCGCAACAAGGGAACCAAUCCCCUGAUUGCCACCGCCACAGAAACUACUGUGUUAAAAGCAGAGACCGCAUCGAAUGCGUUUGCUGCACAUGAAGCGAUAACGGAUGGAGUUGAUGUCCAUGAUAUUGUUGAGGUUCUGGAUGACAUUCAUGCCGUGAUUACCACAAGUAUUGCCAAGAGAUUCGAGAACAUGAGGAAAGACGUACGAGCUUGUCGGGGAGAACUCCUUCAAGACGUUUUGCAGGACCUGAAGAUUACAGUUGCCACGAACGUGGAACAGUUCAACAACCUCGUUCAACUUGAAGAAGAAUACUACGAAUACUACGACUCAAUGACGCGCCGCUGGGAAGAACUUAUUCAUUGUAACGAGAGCGUUUUGUCGCAUUUCAAGAACGCCGUCAAGGACCACGAUCGUAGCAUAUCCGCGAAAACAUACCCCACUUCGAUUUUACCUCGCAAGCCACUCUUCUCUGAUUUCAAGGACCGCUUGAUGUUGUAGACUGACUACCUCCGGUAUCGAGAUCUCAGAUAUCUUCUCUGGGGACUUAACUGGUACUGGUUGCCAUCGUGGCGUAUUGAAUGAUAACAUCGACCGCUCAGGUUUACAGGCUUUUUCUCGAUUCAGUGCGCUUUUUUUAGGAUAGAAUGUGCACACCCAAAUUUUGACCGUAGGUUGUCUCUGGCUCGUUCUCCCGACUUCAAGUACAUACGUACGCCCAUCCACAUGUAUGUGAGCAUCCGCGGGUAGAAAUAGGUCAUGUCAGGCAAGUUUCAGACAAAGGGCUCAAGCAACC